CAGGUAUUUCAUGGUAGGAUGACUAUAUACUCCAUACUGGAAGAUAACGCUGAGACUUUGACCCAUCAGUGGGCAGGGGCUUGGUGAGCUAUAUCUGUCUGCAUUCACACAAGCAUGUGUGUGUGUGUGAUUGUGUGCAGUCGGUUGUAGACAAGUGGCAAUACAGUCCAAACCUCCGAUUUUACCUGUCAGGUCGACCUGCAAUUCAUGUGACCUAUCAGAGUUGAUGUUGCGCUGUAAGGCUUGUAAAUCUUCACAGACCGUGGAUAAAUUUAGGGUAGUGAAUCCUAUCAAAACUUGAUAGCAGGAUAUGUGCACCGAAUUAGGGGUUGUGAUGUUGACGGUGCUGGAUUUCGUUGACUGCCGUUAGCUGUGAUUAAUCUGUUGUUACCUGUGAUAGACUGCCGUUACUGUGAUGGACUGUUGUUACCUGUGAUGGACUGCCGUUACCUGUGAUUAAUCUGUUGUUACAGACGCUGUGGAGUAAAAGCAACAGGUUGACAUGUGAUAUCAACGUAUAAGAUACGAGUCAUUCAAGUAGGCUGUAAUCAGUUCCAGUCAUUCAUAAGAGGGUCACAAAAUUCUUUUCAAGUUUAUUUACUGUUUGUGAAUGUGUUAUUCAGGAAAGUUUGUGUUGUGAUAUUGAUGAUUUCCAUAUAAGGAAAAUGGUUAUCAAUAUUGAUUGAUAACAGUUUUGAGAGCAGUGAAAGUGUAUAUGAUUUAUCACUUACACCUCAUUGGGCAGAUCUCAAGUGAUUGACACAUUGUCAGCUGAGUGUUAUUGCUAUUGAUGACAGAUUAACAGUGGUGAAAACUGAUUUCAAGUAUCACGUCUAAUUAGAGUCAAGUUUGUAUCAUUCAUCAUGGAUUAUUUAUGUGGGACCCGACAGCGCCGAUAUUCCGAUGACCAUGUUGCAGGUGAAUGGUUUGUUCUGGGAUCACUCGUUCCAAUGGACCGUCUGCUGGAAGAGCUCAGUAAAGGUCAGGUGUUGUCGAAGGUCAAGUCACCCACCAAGCUGUUGCAACGCAAGUUCUUCCUUGACCACCGGAACAUGAUUGUUCAUUAUGAGGGCUCACAGAAAAAACUGAGGGAGCCAAAGAAUGAAAUCCGGAUAUCGAAGAUUCGUGAGGUCCGCGAAGGAGAGAAAGACUACUCAAAGAAACUACAUGGACUUGAUAAAACCCUGUGCCUGGCGGUGGUGAUGGGGGCCAACCACAAGGUGGUGUACCUCAUGGCCCAGCGACAGGAGAUCCGAGACAUGUGGCUGCGCGGUCUGCGGUACGCCAUCCAGAAAGACAAGCUGGCAGAGCAGCGAAAUGAGACAGACAGAUGGGUGCGAGAAGCAUUCAACAUGGCCGACAGAAAUGGAGAUGGAGCCUUGGACUUUGAGGAAGUGAUGAAACUCCUCAAGCAGCUGAACGCAGAUCUGAAGAAGGACUACGUCAAGCAGAUGUUUGAUAAGGCAGACACGAACAAGAGUACCAAAAGCAAGGCUGUCCUGGACAGGAACGAGUUUGUCAAUUUCUACCACGCCUUGACGCAGAGGCCAGAACUGGAGGAGAUAUUUCUUCGAUACACUCGAGGAAAGGCCUAUUUGACAGUGCGAGAUCUGCUGUCGUUCCUCAGGGAGGCACAGAGGAUGAUGGACGCUGACGAAGAAACAUGUCGCACUUUCAUCCAGACACAUGAACCCCAUUCUGUGAUGAAGCAGAGGGACCAAAUGUCCAUACAAGGUUUCCGGGUGUUCCUGUCCUCCGACAAGCAGCAGCUGUUCAACCCCGAACACAGUCGAGUUUACCAGGACAUGCAGCAUCCAAUGACACAUUACAUGAUAGCAUCGUCCCAUAACACGUACCUAUCAGAGGACCAGCUGAAGGGCCCCAGCAAGGUGGAGGCUUACAUCGCGGCCCUCACCAAGGGAUGUCGCUGUGUGGAGUUGGACUGCUGGGACGGGCCUGACGAUGAACCCAUCAUCUACCAUGGUUACACCCUCACCUCCAAGAUCCUCUUCCGUGACGUCAUCAUGGCCAUCAAAGACUAUGCCUUCAAAGCAUCUCCGUACCCUCUGACUCUGUCCCUAGAGAACCAUUGCUCCAUUGACCAGCAGAGAGUGAUGGCCAAACACCUGACCGAGAUUCUGGGUGACAUGUUGUGGUACCCGGAGGGAGACCUCGACCACACACCCACCCCACACCAGCUGAAACACAGGAUCCUCAUCAAGGGUAAGACAUUGGCAUCAACUCGUCUAAAGGGGAAGAAGCUGCCCACAACAACUCACGACAACGACGAUGUAAGUGACGAGGAAGAUGGAGAGGGCGAUGUGAAUGAGAACACAGAACAGAAGGAGCAGGAAAAGAGCAGCGGACACAAACACAUCAAGCUGUGUCAGGAACUGUCCCGCAUCACCGGCAUGACCAGCAUCAGCUUCAAGGACCCAGACCAGGCUUCCACCUCAGGAGGGUUCCUGGCCGUCUACUCAAUUGGAGAGAACAAGAUUGAGAAGCUUCUCCAGACAGUGGCAGCUGGCAUCAACCUGGUGUCCCAAUACAAGCUGCUGCGGAUCUACCCUGCUGGAUCCCGAACAGACUCAUCCAACUACAACCCUGUUCCCAUGUGGAACCAUGGAUGCCAAGUUGUGGCCUUGAACUAUCAGACAGGAAGUGAACCUAUGCAGUUGAAUCAUGGGAGAUUUAUGGAUAAUGGCAACAGUGGCUAUAUUCUGAAACCUAAUUUCUUACUCUCAGAGGAGAUGUUCGGUAUCGUGAACGGCACCGUCACAAGGAGUAACAUGUCCAAAGUCCUGAAAAUACUGAUCAUCAGUGGCUAUCAGAUUCCGAAGCCAAAAGAUUCUGAGAAAGGGGAGAUAAUUGAUCCAUUUGUGAAGAUUGAAGUGCAUGGAGUGUCCUCUGAUUCGAAAGAAUACCGGACCAAGACAAUCGAUAACAAUGGUUUCAAUCCUCGCUGGCAUGAGGUUUUCAACUUCAACAUACGGGUGCCGGAGCUGGCCAUGCUCCGAUUUGUUGUGAAGGAUGAGGAUCGUGGGAAAGACGAUUUCAUUGGCUACUACUCUCUACCCUUCACAAGUCUGCAGGAAGGUUACCGUCACUUUCCCCUGUUUGACAAACAUGGCGACCAGUUCUCCCAGACAGUCAUCUUUGCACAUAUUUCCAUCCAAAACGCCCAGAAUCCUUGAAUGAACAUGAGUUGAGGGGAACAAUCUACAUCCUGGCAGAGAACUGACUAAGGGAAGCAACUCCUGAUGGUUUACAGGCAGUGUAACCAGUCACAUGAGAGGGAUAUACAACUGGCUUAUUACAUAAUAAAUAGUACAAUGUCAUUAUCAGCUCUUCUUCACUGAGUAUAGGAUAUAUACACCGGCUAGUUAAUACAACUAUAGUUAUGAUGUAUUGGCUAUAGAAAAAUAUAUAUAAAUACACAUGUAAAUAAUUUCACAUAUACUUCAAGUAAAAAUGUUGAUUAAUUUGUUGAUGUGUUUGUAAUAGUCGAGAGUCCUGUUUGACAAGGUGGUCUUAUAGCCAUUAUUGUUGUAACUCUGUGUUAAAGUGUCAGAGAUUCAAUCAUCCUGGCUCUAAGAUCACUUUCUGGUUUGGGGCCCUGGUAUAUGAACAGGUAAAUUUGAACUGAUUUUGUUUUGUUUUAUGACUGCAGGAAAUACAUCGUUACAAAUACUACUGUAGACAGAUGUAAGAAUAACAAUGCGUUAAAGUGCUGAAACGUUGAUAUGUUUACAGUUGUGUAAUGCACACAGUAUCCUAUCCUGUGUUUGUCAUCUGUGGGCUUGACAGCCAUCAUGGCAACCAGAAAGUGUUCACCCAGU